UUCAUUUUAAAAAAUAAAGUCAAUGUUGUUGUUGUUAAACACAUGCCGUGGGAACAAUUAAGAUUCAUUGUAUUGGCUGAUUGAUUGAAUUCAAUCAUCUGGUGUAAACAGGGGUGACAGAAAGCAUUAGUAACAGGGCUCUCAAGUUGAUUUGGUUACCUAGAGUGAUAUUCAGUGCUUUCGAUAGGAUUUUAACUAGAGUCUACCUCAGAAAAGCACCUGCCGAAGAAUAAUAUGAAAAACAAUUUCCUUCUCAUCGUGACUAUUUUGUUUUUGUUUUUUUUUGUUUUUUUGUUUUUUUUUUCCUGAGUGAAUUAACAUACAGAGAAGCCUUGCUUGACUGUGCUCUAUCACGCUAGAAGUAGCUAGAGCACCAAAGAAGUGUAGGGAGAAACAUGAGACGUGAUCAUGCUCUAUACUCACCUAAAACACACCACAGCACAAACAAGAGUCGCAUUUCGGGAUUGUUUAGAGCUGUAGGUGCCCACUAUUGUAACCACUUUACAAUCAUGUUUCUCCAUGGUGCAGCUAAACACAAGCUUGAUGAAGACUGCAAGCUUGGUAACCUGUAUGCUGUGCAAGGAGCUGAGGAGUUUUGUGUUCAAAAAGGGACACUUGUAAGGCCUCCAAAAAAACGGCUACAAUCAGUUUUGAAAGAGGCAUAGCAAAUUUUGAGGAGCAUGAUUUUCCUAUGUGGUAUAAUUGGUGGAAGAAAAAGGUCACUCAGGAUGAAGAUUUGAUUGAAGCAAAUCACAAAUUUGAAGUAGAACCUGUUUUUGACCUGACAAUUUUUAAUGUUGCAUUUGCAAAGGGAGUACACAAGGAAGAGUUGAUUAACUUGUGUCUUGAUCAAACCAAUGAAAAGAUCAGCCAAUUCAAUCAGAAACGGUUAACUAAACAUGGCAUUCAUGCUGUAAGCUUAGAUGGAUCUCUUCAGUGUGGAUUCAGCAGUGUGGUCGCAAAGACAACAUUGGUGUCAUAAUGGCUAUUAACACCACACUAGGAUCACAUGACAGGCCACCUUCUGAGCUCAUGAAAGCAGUCAACAAGAAUAUUUACUAUUUUGUGUUGGCUGUUAUUAAUGCUGAUCUGCGCAAAGUUUUUCCAAGUGAACCUGACAAGAAAGAUAGAAAGAAUAUAGACUGUGAGCCAUCAUCAUCAUCAUCAUCAUCAUCAUCAUCAUCAUCUUCAGGAGAGGAAGAUGAUGAUGAGCUAAUGAAGGAGACAAGAAGGCGUAUGGAGACAAAAAAGUUAAGAGAUAAGAGUGAAAAGAGUACGAGGUCUCCGCUGGUAAGAGGGAAAAGGCAUAGAAAUACACCCACUGAAAUGAUGAGAAGAGGGAAGAAACAAAAAAGUAAGCAAGAGUUGAUCCCUCUUGAUGAUGAUUAUGAUGAUGAUGGUGGCAAUAGUGUUGAUGAUGGUGACAAAGGGGACAACGGUGACGGUGAUUAUGGUGAUGACGAUGGCUGCAGUGUUAGUAGUAAGAGGGAUCAAGAAGGUGAGGAGGAUGACAGUGCUUCUGAGUGGAAACCCUCACAGGAGUCUGCAUCCCCAGGGAAUUGUAGUCCUUACCUUCACUCAGAACCCAGCACCAGCAGAUCAGAAACUCCAGCCAAGAUACAAUUCAGGCAUGAAGCACAUAAACAACAAGUCAAACAAGGCACACCUAGCGAUGAUGAAUUGGAACAUCUUGCCUCUGGGCUUGGUAGUGCGUGGAAAAAGCUAGGGCGCCGCUUGGGAAUCAAAGAUCCAAAGCUUGAAGAAAUUAGCCAAUCAAACGAGGCUUUAUCUGAAAAGGGAUAUCAAAUGCUCAGGCAUUGGAGGGAAGAAAAAGGUUCACUCGCAACGUACCACAUUUUGGGUCAAGCAUUACAGCAUGAGCUUGUGAAUCUGCGAGAGUUAUCGGAAAAGUUUUGCUAUGAGAAACAAUAACUGGAAUGUGUCCCUAGAGUGUAUGCAGAGAUUGCAUAUUUUGUAUGUAAAAUAUGUAAUGGAAACUAGAAACUGCCAUAGCAAAUGAAGUAUAGCCUUUGAAUUUUUAAACGCAAA